AUGUUUUCUGUUCGGAUCUGCCUUUUUUUUAUUAAUUUUGUAUUCUGCCAUGGCUUUUAUGUGCCCGGAGUUGCACCAGUGGAGUAUAAGAAGGGCCAAAAGAUCGAAGUAAAAGCUGUUAAAAUGACAAGUAUUCACACGCAACUACCAUAUGAAUAUUAUUCAUUACCUCUAUGCAGGCCCAAGAAUGGGACUAUUAUUUAUAAAUCUGAAAAUUUAGGUGAAGUGUUAAGAGGUGAUCGUAUAGUUAGCACAAACUAUGAAGUUAAUAUGGCAGAAAAUAUAAAAUGUAGACUUUUGUGUCAUAAGAAAAAUGAGCCAAUGAAUUGGAGUGUGGAGGAAUCUGAAACUGUUGCAAGUAGAAUUGAACAUGAAUAUUUUGUACAUUUGUUAGUUGAUAAUUUACCAGUGGCCACAAAGAUUAUCAACCGAGAAACUUCAGAGAAAAAUAUUGAACAAGGAUAUAGACUUGGAUUUAUGUCAAAAGGGAAAGCAUAUAUAAACAACCAUUUAAAAUUGUUAUUAAAGUAUCACAAACACAGUCAAGAUUCAUACAGAGUUGUUGGGUUUGAAGUAGAAACUACUUCAGUUGCAAGGGAUGAACUUGUGUUUAUUGAUGACUCCUGUCAGUUUCCAUUGUCAGCAAAGCCUCAACUAGUCAAUGAAGAUACUGGAACCAAAUUGUAUUUUACAUACUCUGUGGAAUGGGGCGAGUCGGAUAUACAAUGGGCUUCUCGAUGGGACAUAUAUUUAGGAAUGAAAGAUGUACAAAUACAUUGGUUCUCUAUUAUAAAUUCCAUAGUUGUAUUGUUCUUUUUAUCAGGUAUUCUUACUAUGAUUAUGGUACGUACAUUACGACGAGAUAUAGCAAAAUAUAAUUCUGAUGAAAACAUAGAAGAUUUGAUUGAAGAGACAGGUUGGAAACUUGUUCAUGGUGAUGUAUUUCGACCUCCUCCUCGCAGAAUGCUCUUUGCUGCAAUUAUUGGAAAUGGAAUUCAAGUAUUUCUAAUGGCACUUAUUACAAUAUUUAUUGCGAUGCUGGGUAUGCUUUCACCAGCGAGUCGAGGAGCAUUGAUGACAGCAGCUAUAUUUCUUUAUGUUUUUAUGGGUUUGAUCGCGGGCUAUUACUCUGCGCGGUUAUAUAAUACCAUGAGAGGCAAACAGUGGAAACAAGCAGCAUUUUUAACUGCCACCCUAUACCCUGCAAUAGUAUUUGGAAAAUGCUUCUUUCUCAAUUUUUUCAUUAUGGGUAAACAUUCCAGUGGUGCAGUUCCAUUCUCUACAAUGAUGGCACUCCUUUGUCUAUGGUUCUGCAUCUCUCUUCCCUUAGUGUAUUUGGGGUAUUAUUUUGGAAUAAGAAAACAGCCCUUCCAACACCCUGUGCGAACAAAUUUUAUACCAAGAAAGGUGCCAGAACAAGUCUGGUACAUGAAUAUAUUCAUUUGUAUCCUUAUGGCUGGUAUCUUACCAUUUGGAGCAGUUUUUAUAGAACUGUUCUUCAUCUUUAGUGCUCUGUGGGAGAAUCAAUUUUAUUAUUUGUUUGGAUUCCUGUUUCUAGUAUUCUGUAUAUUAGUUGUGUCUGUAUCACAAAUUUCCAUUGUUAUGGUUUACUUCCAGCUUUGUGGAGAGGAUUAUCAUUGGUGGUGGAAGAGCUUCAUAGUAUCAGGAGGCUCAGCUGUGUACAUUUUGAUAUAUUCUGUAUUUUAUUUUUUCACAAAGUUAGAAAUAACAGAAUUCAUACCAACCUUGCUCUAUGUUGGUUAUACAGGACUAAUGGUUUUAACAUUUUGGCUGUUGACUGGCACAAUAGGGUUUUUCGCUGCAUAUACAUUUAUAAGAAGAAUAUAUGGGGCAGUAAAAAUUGACUAA